ACGUCGUUUUAAGCAACUAUCCCCGCGUUUACAACUGUAGGCAGUUUCCUUUCCGUGCAGGACAAUUCGUCCUUUUCCCCUUCUCUCUCUGAGUUUGAAAAAAUCCGUACAGGUGUUGCCAUGGCCAAAAUCUCAUUCAAGAUGGAGCACCCUCUCGAAAGGAGGCAGGCAGAAGCUGCUCGCAUCAGAGAGAAGUAUCCGGACAGAAUACCAGUGAUUGUGGAAAGGGCUGAAAAGAGUGACAUUCCUGACAUUGAUAAGAAAAAAUACCUGGUUCCUGCGGAUCUGACUGUUGGCCAGUUUGUUUAUGUUGUCCGGAAGAGGAUUAAGCUCAGUCCUGAGAAGGCGAUAUUCAUUUUUAUCAAGAACAUUCUGCCGCCAACUGCGGCUAUGAUGUCUGCAAUUUAUGAGGAAAACAAGGAUGAAGAUGGUUUUCUCUACAUGACCUACAGUGGGGAGAACACAUUUGGUUCACUUAUAAUGUAAUCAAGCCAAAAAUAUGUGAAUAAGACCCGUAAAGACGAAAUAAUUUAGGUUAGUUGUAAAUUCUCCAUGAUGCUCUCUCUUCCCUACUCUCAGACACUUCCUUCUGGAACAACUUAUUUAUACUCUUUCAAAUACUCUCUUAUUGAUCUAAUGUCAUCUCAAAUGGAUUUGCUGAAAUGAAUGGAAUUACUUCAUACACUAGA